UUUAAUCUUUAUUGCUGUAUAAUUUCAUUUGAAAUGUUAUUUUGGAAACUAAAGAACAAAUGCUGAUGUAAAUGCACUCAAUCUGGCAACCACUUGGUGGGUUAGAUUAACACAUCCCACCCACACGAGCAUCCUCAGCAUCACUGACACCGGAUUGAGGAAACUGACGCGCCGGUUUUAAAGCGCGUGAACGUGUUGCGCUCGAGCUUUAUUCCAGCUUUCAGCCUCUAGCUCGUGCAGCCAUGAAGCAGCAGCAGCAUCUUCAUCAUCUUCAUAAUCAUCACCUCCAUCUUCUGCUUCUUCCGCCUCAUCAACUGUUGCUCUUGGCCGUGCUCGUCGUGCUGGAGCCACGCGAACUGGCGGCGUGGGGCGCGAACGUGAAGUACGCGGUGAAUUGCCCCGAGCGGUGCGACCCCACACGCUGCGGCCUGCCUCGCUGCGCGCGCACUGUGCUGGACGACUGCGGCUGCUGCCGCGUGUGCGCCGCGCGCCGUGGUGAGCACUGCUACCGCACCGUGUCCGGAGCGCACGGCGUCAAGUGCGGCCCGGGCCUCUACUGCGACUUCUACAAGGACGAGGACGAGUACGGAGACGAGUACGGCGUGUGCAGAGACUGCAUGUACGGGACUUACGGGGUCGAGUGUCGUCAAACCUGUAACUGUAAAGCUGGAGGACUGUGUGACAGAGAGACAGGCGUCUGUCUCACCUUCAAAUUCUUCUCUAAAAUGACCAACGCGCUCAAGACACAUGAGGGUAACGAGGUGGCAUCAGGUGACGGAAACAACAACAACAACAACAACAACAGCAGCAGCAGCAGCAGCAACGCCGGAGAAGGACACACGGAGCGAUCAUCCACUCCGAAGUGGCUCGCACCUCGCUGACACGCACUCGCCUCCGCCUCGACUCGGACAGUCCGCAUGUAGCAUAAUAAAUUAAAAAGAAACGACAAAGGGAUAUAUUUUAAUAUGUUUAAAAAAAUAUAUUAAUAUUCUAUCAAAGCUUUUCUUUUUUUUUUUCUACUCUAUUAUAUAAUGACUGGAUUUAACCGACCUGUUCUGUCUCUCAGACAACAUUUACACUACAUCGCUGUCCAGGUCUUAAUUCUGAUUGGUCAGAAGAUGUCAAUUAGUUUAUUAUAACAGCUUAUAACGCUUUAUUAUUUUCUCUCCAGUAUUUCACAAAUUCAAGCCAACUCUAUGAUAUCCUGAGAAAGAUUCUCUGUGAUUCUUAAAAACGACGCAGAUUUUCCACAAUUGUGUUACGAGACACGUCGUGUGACGUCACAACACGCGUUCAGCGCGAUUUCCUCCUCCGUUCGGCACCGUAGGAAGUCUGAUUGAUAAACCGAUUGUGAUAUUAUAUUAGAUUAUAUUGUUUCUAUAGUAACAGCUCAGUGAGAGGAAGUGGUACACGGAUAACUGUUGGUAUGGUGAAGCUUUUCUGAUUGAGGAGAUGUUUGUUCAAUAUGUAUGGAAGGAGUCUCCAGUGUCAGUGUCAGGGUCAGUGUCAGGGUCAGUGUCAGUGUCAGUGUCAGGGUCUGGGUCAGUGUCAGUGUCAGGGUCAGUGUCAGUGUCAGUGUCAGGGUCAGUGUCAGGGUCAGGGUCAGUGUCAGUGUCAGGGUCAGGGUCAGGGUCAGUGUCAGGGUCAGGGUCAGUGUCAGUGUCAGGGUCAGUGUCAGUGUCAGUGUCAGGGUCAGUGUCAGGGUCAGUGUCAGGGUCAGUGUCAGUGUCAGGGUCAGUGUCAGGGUCAGUGUCAGUGUCAGUGUCAGUGUCAGUGUCAGGGUCAGUGUCAGUGUCAGUGUCAGUGCUGUACAAUGUGUAACAGUCAGACAUGAAGCUGGAACUUUUCUGACUUUAGGCAUGAAGAAUAUUUAUUGGGAACAGAGUCGAAAAGGAAUAAACAUAUCACUAAAACACCAGCUCUGUCAUAGAUAGAUAGAUAGAUAGAUAGAUAGAUAGAUAGAUAGAUAGAUAGAUAGAUAGAUAGAUAGAUAGAUAGAUAGAUAGAUAGAUAGAUAGAUAGAUAGAUAGAUAGAUAGAUAGAUAGAUAGAUAGAUAGAUAGAUAGAUAGAUAGAUAGACUGACAGACAGACAAGACAUAGAUAGAUAUAAUUUUAGAUAGAUAGAUAGGUAGAUGGAUAGAUAGAGAGAUAGAAAAACAGACAAGAUAGAUAGAUAGAUGUAUGGAUGGAUGGAUGGAUGGAUAGAUAGACUGACAGACAGACAAGACAUAGAUAUAAUUUUAGAUGGAUAGAUAGAUAGACUGACAGACUGACAGACAGACAAGACAUAGAUAGAUAUAAUUUUAGAUAGACAGAUAGAUAGAUGGAUGGAUAGAUAGAGAGAUAGAUAAACAGACAAGAUAGAUAGAUAGAUAAAUGAUUUUGAAAAAUAAAAAAAUUGGGUAUAAAUUAGAGUAUUUCUGAAUCGGACAGAACACAAGGGUUAAAUCCAAUUCAUUGUUUUAUACCAAAGCAUGCAUACUUACAGAUGCAUGGACACAUGAAACACACACACACACACACACACACACACAAAUAUACACAAAAAAGUAUAAUUAAUAUUUUGUUGAUCAGUAAAGACAAGUGUCAGGUCUGACGUCGGUUCCGACACUAAUAGCUAGCAAGAUCAGCCGGAUUAGCAUCGUAAAAUGAAGCAAAAAUUCCAAACCAACUCACUUGUUUCAUUUCCUACAGACAUGUGGUUAGUUUUUAUGCAGCGUUAUUUUAUUCGACGUGGAAGACAAUCAAAGCUUAUGGAGUAACAAAGAGAAAAGGGGCGUGGCCUAACAGGUGAUAAGAAGCGAUGGAGUUCCAGUAGAAUCUUCAGUAGAUCGUGAACGCGUCUCAGACGAUCGACAACAUUCGAGUUAAAGGAGACCUUUAUUUUUUGAUGAUAUUUAUUUAAUCAGUCAUAUCGUAUGUACGUAUUAACUAAAGCAGCUUAUAUACAGAUUUACAUUUCACUCUCUGUCUGUCAGUCUUUUUUUUUUUUUUUUUCACUUUAAACCUGUCUGUCACCUCCGGGAGUAACACACCGCAUGUUUCUUGUUCUGUUGUCUUGUAUUGUUUGGGCUUUGGUGCUAAAUUAAACUAUAAAAUAAUAAAAGGAUGAAAAAGAAA